GGCCGGCCACUCCCAGCCAAGAAAGAAAGACGACGGCGACACGCAUAGGUACGCCGUACAAGGAACCAUUCGCAUGGGCCUCCUCGACCAGCUCUGGGACGAGACGGUCGCCGGCCCACGGCCGGACCACGGCUUCAGCAAGCUCCGGAAAUACUCCUCCUUCUCGCCCUCGAGCCCGGCGGCCGCAGACGUCGCGCCGGCGGUGACCCGCAGCAUCACCAUCGCCCGGCCGCCGUCUCUCUCCCUCCCGUCCGGCGAGUCGAGCUCCGUGCCGUCCACCCCGGCCAGUGCGCCGGACUCCCCGUUCGCAGCAGGCACCGGUAGCACGCCGAGGGUGGACGGCUGGAGGGCGUUCCGCCGGAAAUCCAAGAUGGCCAACGUCGACGCCGUCCAGGCAGAGGCGACCGUCGGGCCCAGGAGCCCAACCGUGUACGACUGGGUGGUGAUCAGUUCAUUGGACCGAUAAUAAAGAAGCACAACCGGAGUGUGAAAUAAUCGAUCGAAGAAGGGGAGGAGGUAGCUGGCGUGUUUGAGGCCGCGUGUUCGUCACGUCAUAUGUAUACCUGCUAUUGUGUAAUCGUUGUGUUAACUAGGUGCACUAUCUUUUCUCUUCCUUUACGUAGUUGUGCGCCCUUUCGGGGGGCCAAAGUAUGUGAUGUGGUUAUCAGUAGUAGGCUCCGAUCAAGAUGUAUUGCCAUCACAAAGGCGCCCUUUAUUUUAUAUGGAGGAGAUGACCGUUGAAAUGGGGUUGCAAUGCAAGUGUUCGAUCAUCCUUC